CUCCGUCCGGCUCGUGCACACACUUCCUCGCGUGUCGCAGCUUUGCGCGUUCCUUUCCAUCCGCGUGCCCGUGGUCGGUCCUGUGCUUGUACUCUGAGGGAUUCCAACAGGAGAGAAAAAUGCCGACAAAAAUCAUAUUCGAGACUGAAGUUGAAGCCAUGGACGACGACGUGGACACUGCCGCGGAGGCCAAAGCCCUGAAGAAGAAGACCAAAGAGGGCAAGAAGCUGAAAAACAAGAAGCAGUUGGAGGACCAGGAAGACCCAGACUGUGAACCUCCAGCACCAAAGAAGAAAAAGAAAAAAGACAAGCUGACAGUUGACCAAGUGAACGACCCCAUAGAGGAGGCCACAGACAUGAACGGCAACAGUAACGGUGUUGACACACCAGAGAUGAUUAAGAAGAAGGCUGAAGGAGAAACAGAGAAAAAAAAGAAGAAGCAUAAGAAAGCAAUCGCAGAAGCUGAAACCAACGGACAUUCCACCCCAGACACCCCCGCACAGACCCCGGCCCCCUCAAGCGAAGACUCUGCCAGCGACGCCGAAAAAGAAACGGGGGAGACACCAGAGCAGAAGGCAGGGGCUUUCUCUAACUUCCGGAUCUCCCAAUUCACCAUUGAUAAACUAAAAGCUCGGGGAGCCACCUUCCUGUUUGACAUUCAGUCGAAGACAUUUAAUUCUGUGUAUGAUGGCGAGGAUGUCAUUGCCCAAGCCCGAACAGGAACAGGAAAGACUUUCUCAUUUGCUAUCCCUUUGGUGGAGAAGCUCCAGAUGGAGUCAGGGCCGUUCACCAGAGGUCGGGCUCCCAAGGUCUUGGUGUUAACUCCAACCAGAGAGUUGGCUAUCCAGGUCUCAAAGGACUUUAAAGACAUCACCAGGAAGCUUUCUCUCACCUGUUUCUAUGGAGGCAGCUCCUACAACCCACAGCUUGAUGCUAUCCGUAAUGGCAUCGAUAUUUUGAUCGGCACCCCUGGUCGCAUCAAAGACCAUCUCCAGAACAAUAAACUCGACCUCUCUAAACUGAAACAUGUAGUUCUGGAUGAAGUGGACCAAAUGUUGGACAUGGGAUUUGCAGAACAGGUCGAAGAGAUUUUGUCUUCAUCAUAUGAGAAAGACUCCGUCUCCAACCCACAGACACUUCUGUUUUCGGCCACCUGCCCUCCCUGGGUUUAUGAGGUUGCUAAGAAAUACAUGAGACCAGAGUGCAAACAUGUUGAUCUGAUUGGCAAGAAAACACAGAAAGCUGCAACAACUGUAGAACAUCUGGCCAUAACGUGCCACUGGUCACAGCGUGCAGCUGUGAUAGGGGAUGUGAUCGCGGUUUACAGCGGCAGCCACGGCAAAACCAUCUUGUUCUGCGAGACAAAGAAAGACGCCAACGAACUUUCCAUGAAUACAUCCAUCAAACAGAGUGCCCAGUCCCUCCAUGGUGAUAUUCCUCAGAAACAGAGAGAGAUGACGCUGAAGGGCUUCAGGAACGGGGCUUUUGAGGUUCUGGUUGCCACCAACGUUGCAGCUCGUGGAUUAGACAUCCCUGAAGUCGACCUGGUGAUCCAGUGUUCUCCACCCAAGGAUGUGGAGUCAUACAUCCAUCGUUCAGGACGUACGGGCCGAGCCGGCAGGGCGGGAGUCUGCAUCUGUUUCUACCAGAGGAAAGAGGAGGACCAGCUGCGCUACGUAGAACACAAAGCAGGUAUCACAUUCAAACGAGUUGGGGUUCCCACUGCCAACGAUAUCAUCAAGUCUUCAAGCAAGGAUGCCGUCAGGUAUCUGGACUCUGUUCCAGUUACAGCCAUCGCCUACUUCAGAGCAUCAGCUGAGAAACUGAUUGCGGAGAGAGGAGCAGUCGAUGCACUCUCUGCUGCCCUGGCCCAUAUUUCUGGAGCCACAAGUCUAGAGCAGAGGUCACUGCUCAACUCUGAUGCUGGUUUCACCACUGUGCAGAUGGUGUGUUCUCAGGAGAUGCAUAAUCUGGGUUAUGCCUGGAAAUCCAUCAAGGAACAGCUUGGAGAAGAGUUUGAGAACCACAUUCAAAGAAUGACCUACCUCAAAGGCAAAACGGGAGUUUGCUUUGAUGUCCCAGCUGACAAAGUCAAGGAGAUUAUGGAUGGCUGGAAGGACGGUCGCCGUUGGCAACUGACUGUAGCCACAGAGCUCCCAGAACUGGAGGAGAAGGAGUUCAGUAACAGAGGCUUCGGUGGUGGUAACCGCGGUGACCGAAGAGGAGGGUUCAGAGGUGGAAGAGGGCGAAGUUUCGGGGGAAAUGGUGGCUUUCGGAACGGUGGCGGCGGCGGCCGUGGCUUUAGCAACACCAGAGGAGUACACAAACGCAACUUCAGUGACGCUUUUGAUUAUUGAAGUGCCAACCCGCGGACUGAUAAGACUGACUGUCACUCAUCUGGGCUGGCAGGGGUUUUUAUUGGCUGUCAGUGAUUGGAAUAAAUGGAUUUCCAUCAUCAGCUUUCAGAUAUUCAGAAGUUUCAUAUACAAUACAUUAAAUAACCAAUGUCCCCUAUCAAAAUAAAGUGAAAAGUCCAUGUUAUCUGAUAAAUUACAUUUAUUUCCAAUUUGCCAUUUCCUGCUGGUUUAAGAUCAGACUUCCUGUGUGCACUUUAUCAACUAAGGGCCACUGGCAGCCAUUUUGUAAGGCCUGGGUUGUGCUUCUUUAAGGUGACACACAAGUUGUAACUCGUAUAAUGAAAACAUUUUUACUAAAUGUAUAAGUGCAGAAUUCAGUUGUCAUGUCUUGAAUGGCAUAGCAUCAAAACCAUUGGCUAGUCAACCUAUAGUAAAAGUUUAGCAUUAUAUGGCAACUGGAAACUCAAUGAAUGACGUUUGAAUGUGUCAUUCAUUGAGUUUUAUGUAAAGGGUUACUCUUUAUUUGUACUGGGUGUUUGGGGAACGGUGGCAGCAAUCAGACUUGAGCCUUUAUCCAAAAUAGAAGGUACCUCAUUCUGGCCUUACAACUUGUAAACGUAUUACUCGUUACAUAAGUACACUAGAUUACUCUGUGUGGUACCAUGAAGGUGGACUGUACUGCAGACACUGACUAGUGGAAGGCAAUGUGUCUCUGCUCUGCACCCACAGAGAACAGAGAGGAAAUGGGUGUUAACCUUUAGAGUUGUGCUCAAUGUCGGGUUGCUGUCUUACCCUCAUCUGAAACUUCUCCGAAAUAUAUUGGAUGAUUGCUUUGCAAUUGGCUCUAUUUAAUAACUGUACCUACUGUUUCCAUUCAUUUGAAUGAAAUGACUUAUUCAUUAAAAAAAAGGUCAACUCA